CGGGGCCGGCCCGCGCGGUGUCGCAAUCGGCGCUGGCCGCACGCGCACGGUACCGAGCGCGGCCCGCCCGGCCCCUCCGCCGCUCGCGCCGCUCAGCCAUAUAGGAAGUCAUCCUGUGAGAUGAGAAGAGAAGGGGACCUGCUGUUAGCCUUGCCAGGGCCUUGGCCCUGCAGCUGUGGUGGAAUCCUCCUUGUGCCACCAGUAGGGCCAGGAGCAGGCUGACCUCAGCAGCGGGAGCACGUCAGUCAGGUUCACCUUGCUCUUAAUCCAUGUGAAGAUCCGUUGGAAAGACCUUCUAGAAACCCAAGAGUUUUCAGUCUCCUAAUAAAUUCUGCUGUGUCCAAGAACAGCCUGCCCAAAUGAGCAAGACAUCCCAACAGAACCCCAGCACAGAUGCGAGCGGAGUAAGUGUGAUUCACACUCAAGCACACUCCAGUGGUCUGCAGCAGGUUCCCCAGCUGGUGCCAGUCAGUCCUGGUGGUGGAGGCAAAGCUGUGCCUCCGAGCAAACAGGGAAAGAAGAGUUCCUUUGUGGAUAGAAACAGUGAUGAGUAUCGUCAGCGCAGAGAGCGGAACAACAUGGCCGUGAAAAAGAGCCGCUUAAAAAGCAAGCAGAAAGCACAAGACACACUGCAAAGGGUCAACCAGCUUAAAGAAGAAAAUGAACGUUUAGAGGCAAAAAUUAAACUCCUGACCAAGGAGCUGAGUGUACUGAAAGACUUGUUCCUUGAGCAUGCCCACAAUUUUGCAGAUAACGUGCAACCUGUUGGCACUGAGACCACCACAACAACUCCAGAAAACAGUGGACAGUAGGCACCUGUGACCUCAUGGAACAAACUCUUGAGCUGCAGCUUGUCUGCAGUGCCCGUGCAGUAACCCAGCAAAAACUGUACCUUUAGCCAUUGUUUUGUGGAGAUUUUCUUCUUUUAGAUUUAACACUGAAGAUUUGUAACAAUUAAACCAGAAACUGGUUAACUGUUUGUUUUAAAUAUUUUGCUCCUCAAAGAUUUAUGCAGAUCUGAACUCCUAGCUAACUAGGAAUGUAAUAUUUAGGAGAUAACAUUUUCACAGGAAUAUUCACUUACCAUUUUAGACUUUGCAUAAUGGGAGGAAUCCAGCAGGAUGGCUCACUGUAGUAUCAGAAACUUGUGAUUAAAUAGAACAUUUUUAAAUACCUGUCAGAGUAUUUUAGCCCUUUGUUUUCUCCAUUACAUAUUACAAACUGCAAAGGCUGUGGAGAAUUUUUGCUUUUUACUUUAAAUCUGUAGAAUUUAAGUCCUAUGAAGCACCAUGUAGGUCCCUCCUGCCCAGUUAUAGUUAAUGGGGAGGUUGUAUAGUUAAUAGUGAGCUGGGAUGCUUACCAAUGUUCACCAGAAAAAUAACAAUAUGCUCAAUAUAUACAGGCACUUGGCCUCCAAAAAGCAUCAUGUACAAGAGGCAAAGCAGCACACUGACAAAGCCUUUUAUUGAAGCUUGUAUUUCAUAUUGCUCACAUAGUGACUGGAGCCUUAGGAGAACAAGAGCUUUUUUCCAGAAAAUUUCAAAAUGCCACCAAAAAACUGUGCCCUGCAAAAUUGCAUUCUUGCUGGGGAGGAGGUAUUGGGGAGAACAAAUAGUGCAGCUUGGCUUUGCAGUGGAAGGGGCAGGACAGCAGGCAUGGAACUGGGAUGCAUGGAUCACUGCUGGCUGACAUUACAGAAAUGUACAGUGAUUUUAAAAAUAAAUGGCCCUAGUAACUGAUUCAGUGGAAUUUCUACAGCCAUCAUACAUCUGUGUGAAGGAGUAUCUUUAGCCUUGUUUUAUUUCCAUAGAAGUUUUUCUGUAGCAACUUUUUUAUUGCUACUGCUUAGUCUUUGCCACGAUCCAUACUGCAGUGCUAUGUGCUAUACUGAGGAUUUAAACACAGUAAAGCAGGAACUUUGAUGUAACUUUAAUUUAUUUUAAUUUUUAAAUAUUUCAUUGAUGGUAUGGUUAUUUUACAUUUAACCCGUGUGUCUGUCUUGUAGAUUACUACACUGUCUUAAUUUCCCUCUUACACUACCUUUAUCCAUAGAUUAUUUGGAGGAUGCUUGUUUGCUCUGUAUCUGCACUUAGGAAAAAACUUGGAUGUUAUCUCUAUGAAGAUACUGUUAGAGAAUGAAACCUUGAGAAGUUCUUUUUUGAAUUUAAACUUUUAAUACAUGUGGAAAACUUUGAUGGAUUGUUUUGGAUUAUGUUAGACUUCUUGCAGAUAUGUUUUUUCAUUCCAACUGCACCUGAAGUUGGUAGGGUUGAAAUACCAGGAGCUAAUAAAAAUGUUUUGCUUGUAGUGGCCUCA